AUGGCCGGCCUGUCGGACCUGGAGCUGCGGCGGGAGCUGCAGGCCCUGGGCUUCCAGCCGGGCCCCAUCACCGACACCACCCGGGACGUCUACCGCAACAAGCUGCGCCGCCUGCGCGGUGAGGCCCGGCUGCGCGGCGAGGAGCGGCCGCGGGAGGCGGCCCGGGCGCGGGGCGAGGAGGCCCGGCUGCGCGAGGAGGCGCCGCUGCGCGCCCGGCCCGCCGCGGCCUCCCCGCGGGCGGAGCCCUGGCUCUCCCCGCCGGUCUCGGACCAGGCCUACGCGACGCCCGGGGCCUACGGCGACCUCGGAGCCCCCGCGACCUCCUGGUCCGGGACCCGCGGCCUCGCCCGCCCCGCGCCGCUUAGACGCCGCGCCUCGGCCCGGGGCAGCUCCGAGGAGGACGAGGACGGCCGGCCGUUCGGCAGGACCGCGCCAGGCGCCAGCCCCGGGCUCCGGCGCUGGUGGGCCGCGCCUCCAGCCUCAGCGCGGCCGCCCUCCGCCCUCCUUGGCCCCGACCCGCGCCCGGGCCUGCGGGCGACGAGAGCCGGCCCGGCGGCCUCGGCGCGCGCCCGGCCCGAAGCGGGGCGGCGGCUGGAGCGCUGCCUGUCACGGCUCCUGCUCUGGGCCAGCCUGGGGCUGCUGCUCGUCUUCCUGGGCAUCCUCUGGGUGAAGAUGGGCAAGCCCUCGGCGCCGCAGGAGGCGGAGGACAACAUGAAAUUACUGCCAGUGGACUGUGAGACAAAAACAGAUGAGUUCUGUCAGGCCAAGCAGAAGGCGGCCCUGCUGGAGCUGCUGCACGAGCUCUACAACUUCCUGGCCAUCCAGGCAGGUAAUUUUGAAUGUGGAAAUCCAGAGAAGCUAAAGAGCAAGUGCAUUCCUGUCAUGGAAGCUCAGGAAUAUAUAGCAAACGUGACCAGCAGCUCCUCCACCAAGUUUGAAGCCGCGCUGACCUGGAUACUGAGCAGUAACAAGGACGUGGGCAUCUGGUUGAAAGGGGAGGACCCGUCUGAGCUGGUGACCACGGUGGACAAGGUGGUCUGCCUGGAGUCCUCGCGGCCCCGCAUGGGUGUUGGCUGCCGCCUGAGCCGCGCCCUGCUCACAGCUGUCACCAACGUGCUCAUCUUCUUCUGGUGCUUGGCGUUCCUGUGGGGGCUCCUGAUCCUCCUGAAGUACCGGUGGCGGAAGUUGGAAGAGGAGGAGCAGGCCAUGUAUGAGAUGGUGAAGAAGAUCAUAGAUGUGGUCCAGGACCACUACGUGGACUGGGAGCAGGACAUGGAGCGCUACCCCUAUGUGGGCAUCCUGCACGUGCGCGACACCCUGAUCCCGCCGCAGAGCCGGAGGCGCAUGAAGCGGGUGUGGGACCGGGCAGUGGAGUUCCUGGCCUCCAACGAAUCCCGGAUCCAGACUGAGUCCCACCGCGUGGCCGGGGAAGAUAUGCUGGUGUGGAGAUGGACUAAGCCCUCUUCCUUCUCUGACUCAGAGCGAUAA